AUUCCGGUGCGAAAUCAUUAUAAAUUUGAUCAAACAACAUGAUAAUCUCAUCCUCGUAAUUCGUUACGUUGACAAGGGUAUUUUAGAAAUUCAGUCCUCAUCUGGACUGCGCUUAGAACUCCAUAUUCGGGCUCCAGCUUGCCUCCAAUUUCAACCAGCAACAAAAUAAUCCAAAACCCACAUUCAAACCACCUCAAUUUCGACGCUCGCAUGGCGUACAAUCCUAAUAACAAUGCUACGAUGAACCCGCAGACGGCAGCUGAGAAGGCUGUGUCUGUGAUCGGGUUCGGGUACGAUCUGACGUCGGAUAUCCGUUUGUCGGCUUGCAAAGCGGGUCCAAAUGGUUCGGGUCUGAUCGAGCUGGUCCAGACCCAAAUGAAGGACCUGGUGGUGCCAGGCGGCGUGGUUGUCCCUGGCGUAUCGGCCUCUAUCAAGUGCGAUAAAGGUGAACGCACCAGGUUUUGCUCCGAUGCUCUUUCCUUCAAUCAGAUGUCAGAGCAUUUUAACCAGGAAUUAUCUUUGUCAGGUAAAAUACCUUCUGGUCUUUUUAAUGCAAUGUUUGGCUUGAAGGGCUGCUGGCAGAAGGACACAUCUACCACUAAACUUCUUGCUCUUGAUGGUUGGUUCAUUAGUUUGUACACAAUUGAGCUGGCAAGAUCUCAAAUAACUCUAACUGAUCGAGUGAAGAAAGAAGUACCUUCUUCAUGGGAUUCUGCUGCUCUGGCUGAGUUUAUUGAAAAAUAUGGCACCCAUGUUGUCGUUGGGGUUAAGAUGGGAGGUAAGGAUGUAAUUCACAUUAAGCAGCUUCAGAGUUCAAGUCUUCAGCAAACAGAAGUGCAGAAAUUGUUGAAACAAUUAGCUGAUGAAAAAUUUGCUGAAGUAAAUGGAGGUCUGGUACCGAAAGCCGAUAAUUCAUCAGGAAAGCCAAAGGAAGAACCGAUGAUCUGGGAUCUUAAUCUACCAUUUGCAAAUGCAAUGAGACCUUCUGUUGUUUCUCACUCCAAAAAUGAUGAUAUAUUAAGUAUUCAUGUUCGUAUGGGAGGUUUAGAUAGAGGCCAAAGUCAUAAUCAGUGGCUUUCGACUGUAUCCCAGUCUCCGAAUGUCAUAUCAAUGUCUUUUGUGCCUAUAGCAUCUCUUUUAAGUGGUGUUCGCGGCAGUGGAUUUUUAGGCCAUGCAAUUAAUCUAUACCUGCGAUACAAACCACCAAUAGAGGAACUGAGUCAAUUUUUGGAAUUUCAGUUGCCCCGUCAAUGGGCUCCUGCAUACAACGACCUUCCUCUUGGUCCUCGUCGCAAGAAAAAAGCAUCUCCAUCAUUAAAAUUUUCUCUUAUGGGUCCCAAGCUCUAUGUCAAUACUGUGAAGGUUGAUACCAAGAACCGGCCAGUGACUGGAAUUCGGUUAUACUUGGAAGGCAAGAGAAGUGAUCUCCUGGCUAUCCAUCUGCAGCAUCUCUCAACUCUUCCUGAGUCCCUUCAGCUUAUGGAUGACCAUAGUUACGAGCCAGUUGAUGAACCCAUGGAACGAGGAUACUUUGAACCUGUCAACUGGAGCAUAUUCUCUCAUGUAUGUACUGCUCCAGUAGAGUAUCACGGAGCGCGAAUUGAUGACUCUGCAUCUAUUGUGACAAAGGCCUGGUUUGAGGUCAAGGUUAUAGGUAUGAAGAAGGUCCUUUUCCUAAGGCUUGAAUUCUCGAUGGUAGCAUCUGCCAUAAUCCGUAGGUCGGAAUGGGAUGGACCCACGUCCUCAUCAAAGAAAUCCGGAUUAAUUUCAAUGCUAAUCAGUUCACCAUUCAGCAGUGUACUGAAUCAACCCCAGAAGCUGCCAGCUAAGGUGAAUUUGAAUUCAGCAGUUUACCCGGGUGGACCACCUUCCCCUGCAAGAGCUCCAAAAAUGUCGCAUUUUGUUGACACAAAAGAAAUGGCGAGGGGACCCCAAGAUCCGCCUGGGUACUGGAUGGUUACAGGUGCGAAACUUUGUGUAGAGAGUGGGAUGAUACGAGUUAAAGUGAAAUAUUCUUUGUUGACUAUAAUAUCAGAUGAAUCCUUGUUGAUUUGAGUGAAGUUAAAGAAGACAGAUGUUGCUUAUCGUGUCUUGUUGUAUAUGCUGUCCCAUACAUUUAUCAUUCUAAUACAAGAUUUAACCAGCCAUUAUUGUAAUGGUUCUUCUGGGGAAAAAGAAUCCAAUGGCAUUCUCAAUCUCAAUAUCAGCUGGUUUGCAUGAAAUUUGGUAGGGUUAUGAAGUUAUAUGAUUCUGCUGAAUUUAAGAAUAGAAGAUUGCCGGCUGAAAAUGUCAUUCUGAGGUCAGACGUUCUUCUAGGUAAUCUUUCCAGGCACUUUCAUUUUUGUAGGAAACCGGGUGAUGAAUAAUUACUCAGAAGGCAGUUUAAAUGCACCAGUUCAUACUUCUGUAUUACAUGGAGGUAAAACUGAGUACCCUCCCUUGUGCAAACACCAAGUGUAUAAAUUAUUUACUUUCUAUUUGAUAUCUGAGUUUAGUUCUCUCAAUUAGUUCCAAUAUUCAUGCAAAAUAAUUGAUUGUUUUUGUUAUAUGGUUUUGGACAGCAUAAUGUAGUAAAAUGGAUAAAAUUUUAGCUUUUUUUC